AUGUCGAUUAAGGACGAUAAGGAAGAGGUAGCUAGAGAGAGCUCUGACUACGAAAACGUCGAUAUUGAGAAGGGAAGUUCCCCCCCAGAUGAAGAGAUACGACCUGCGAAAAAGGAAUCUGAAAAGACUGAAGACGAUCUUGGAGAUGAACUUGAACGUCAUUUGUCGAGAAAGAGCACAAGAAGAGUGAAGUUGGGACCGGAGACGUACCUUUUGACUGAUUUAGAUAAGGGACUUAUUGGGUGGGAUCAUCAGGAUGAUCCGGCGAAUCCAAGAAACUUUGCUGAUAGACGGAAGUGGUUCAUCCUAGGCCUCGUCUCUGCCAUCACUUUCUUGAGUCCCCUUGCAUCCUCAAUCUUUGCUCCCGGCAUCUCAUUCGUGAGCCGAGAUUUCCAUAAUUCCUCUCAAAUCCUCGGCGCUUUCAGUGUCAGCGUCUUCGUCCUCGGCUUUUCCUUCGGCCCCCUCUUCUUGAGUCCUCUCAGCGAAAUCUAUGGACGCCUCAUCAUUCUCAACAUUGCUAACGUCUUCUUCUGCGCCUUCAACCUUGGCUGCGCUCUUGCACCCAACCUUACCGGUCUCAUCAUCAUGCGUCUACUCGCUGGUACUGGUGGCUCAGCUUGUUUAACUAUUGGCUCAGGUGUCAUCUCUGACUUAUUCCUACCCGAGCAGCGCGGAAAAGCCAUGGCGAUGUAUUCGCUAGGCAUUCUGUUCGGGCCCGUGCUUGGACCUAUCUGCGGAGGUUUCAUCGCCCAACGUGCUGGGUGGAAGUGGGAUUUCUGGGUGGUUUUCAUCGCAGGAGUGACCAUCACUUCCGGAAUUAUCCUUAUGGGCAGAGAAACCAACGCUAUCGUUCUCAUCGACCGAAAAACAGCACGCUUACGGAAAGAACUCAACCGCCCUGAACUCCGAAAUAUCCUCACCCACAAACAGGACGCCAACUCUCUCCGCACCAGCGUCAUUCUAAGGCGUGGCAUGUACAGGCCUCUGAAGUUACUAUUCACCUCUCCCAUUGUCUUCAUCCUGUCGCUUUACGUUUCUUUCGUCUUUGGCCUCCUGUUCCUGCUCUUCACGACCAUCACUCAGGUAUACAUCCAGACGUACGGAUGGUCCCCCGAGCUGUGCGGGCUGGCCUAUCUCGGUGUCGGACUCGGAUUUUUUCUGGGGAUUAUUUUUGUUGCCAAGACGAGUGAUGCUACUAUCAUACGGUUGACGAAGAAGAAUAACGGGGUGUAUGAACCCGAAAUGCGGUUACCGACUUGUGUGUUCUUUGGGUUCUUGAUUCCGAUUUCGUUCUUUUGGUACGGCUGGGCAACAGACAAACAAGCCCACUGGAUCGUCCCCAUAAUCGGGCUCCUCCCCUUCGGUUUCGGCAUGAUGGGUAUCUUCGCUCCCAUCCAAACCUACCUCAUUGAUUCCUUCCCCCAGUACGCUGCGAGCGCGGUUGCUGGUAUGACAGCUAUUCGAUGUCUAUUUGGUGCUGUACUACCACUUGGCGCACCGAGCAUGUAUGAUAAACUAGGCUUAGGCUGGGGAAAUAGCUUGUUGGGAUUUAUUGCUGUUGCGAUGAUUCCGGCACCGGCGCUAAUAUAUAAAUACGGGGGGUAUGUUCGGAAGAGGUGGCCGGUUGAAUUAUAG